AUGACCCUGUUCCACUUCGGGAACUGCUUCGCGCUGGCCUAUUUCCCCUUCCUCAUCGCCUACAAGGGCAGCGGCCUGUCCGAGUACAACGCCUUCUGGAGAUGCGUGCAGGCCGGCGCCAGCUACCUCUUCGUGCAGCUGUGCAAGAUGCUGUUUCUUGCCACUUUUUUCCCUACCUGGGAGGGCGGAGCCGGUGCCUACGACUUCCUGGGGGAGUUCAUGAAGGCCACCGUGGACGUGGCCGAUCUGGUGGGGCUGCACCUGGUGAUGGGGAGAAACGCGGGAAAGGGAGAGUUGAAGGUCAUGGUGGCCGCGAUGGGCUGGGCCACCGCCGAGCUGGUCACUGCCCGCUGUAUCCCGCUGUGGGUGGGGGCCCGGGGCAUCGAGUUUGACUGGAAGUACAUCCAGAUGGGCAUCGAAUCCAACAUCAGCCUGGUGCACUACAUCGCCGUCUCGGCCCUGGUCUGGAUGUUCAGCCGCUACGACCUGCCCCGCCACUUCCGCCUGCCGCUCACCCUGUUGCUCGGGCUGAGCGUGUACAAGGGCUUCGUCCUGGAGUCCUCCGUCCACCUCUUUGUCCUGGGGAGCUGGACGGCGCUGCUGGUCCGGGCCGUGCUGACUGGCGUCUUGGCCCUCAGCUCCCUGAGCCUCUUCGUCACUCUCGUCCACGGCAACUGAGCCCCCCCGUGGGCCUCCCUCCCUCUCCCCCAGUGGUCCUCAGGAAUAAAGCCAAUUUGGAUUUUUCCAA